GGUAAUGACAAAAGUUCAAAGCAAACAAAAAUCAAUCAAUAUUUCCUUGCUUAUACUGUGAUCCCACUUCUGCUUUCACAAGAAAAGAAUGAACUUAAUGUGGAUUCUUUGGAUUUUAAUAAUGUGGAAAUCUCAUAUUCACAAGAACUAUCACCAGCUAAG